AUGUUUGAUAUGCUGGAUAAUGCUUGUGCUUCAGGAUGGACUGAGGCUGCCUUCCACAAGCUUGAUGACCUCUAUGGUACUUGGCGUAAACCUGCCACCAUCAAGGUGAACUACAGCUUGCCAAUGCACAAAAUGACCAACACAGAUCUGAAAAGACUCCUGCAGAGUGAAGAAAUCCAGAGAGCCCUUCGUGCCCCCAACAAAAAGAUUCAGCGUAGAGUUCUCAAGAAGAACCCACUGAAGAAUCCCAGAAUAAUGAUGAAGCUGAAUCCUUAUGCCAAGACAGCACGCCGUCAUGCCAUCCUGAAGCACAAGCCUGGGAUUAAGGCUAAAAUGCUGAAGCCCAAGGUAAAGAGGGUGAGGAAGGUUAAGAAGGUCAAGAAUCCAGCUGCACCUGCUCCCAAAACAGAGUAAAGCUGUGUGUUUGCUGCAACUCAUGAGUUGUUCCAACAAAAAAUAAUG